ACAUAAUCAAAUAUCACAACUAUCGCACAUAAGACUCAACCAAAUGCACCGCUCACAUGCCCGAUUAUCUCCGAAAUAGUUAGGGCUACGGGAUAGGCGUAGGCCACGAUGGCAACCCACCAAAGCAAAAUCGCCAUCGCCGACGGGGGCCCAGUGAUGACAACUUCGCGGCGCCCCCCCAUGACGAGCAAACAAGCCAAGAAGGCCUUCGCAAAAGCCAACAAUAUACCGAAAAUGAGCUGGAAGGAGCGCAAGCGCAUGGAGGCUGCGGAGCUGGCGGCGCAGAAGAGGGAGUUUGAGAGGGAGAAGGCGCAGGCGAAGGCGAGGGCUGUGAAGGCGAAGAAGGAUGGGAAGGAGGAGGCGGAGAGGGCGGAGAGGAAGAAGGCGGGGAUUCCGGAGAAAAGUAGGUGGGUGAGGCCUAGUCAGGGGAGGAUUACGGGGUUUUUGGGGCUGGGGAAGAGGGGGAGGGGUAAGGAUGUGGAGGAGGAAGAAGAGUGGGGGAGGGAUGAAAGUGAUGACGAUGGCGAGGAGCCGGUGCCGAAGAGGUUUGCCAUGGAUGGAGCUGAAGAUGAUACGGAUGAGGAGGAUAUCGAAGAGAGAGAGGCCGACAUUUCUGAAGCCCAGUUUGAUGCCUCGGCAAUAAAAACGUUAUGCGAUACCAAGGAGGGGGAGGAAGAUGCACAACAAGAGGAUAGGCCCAGGCCUCUGGAAUAUGCCCCUGUCGUUAGAGCAGAGAAGGAAAAUAGCCCGGAAGCACAACUAGAGGCAGAAAUUCUGCAAGACCAGGAAGAACCGGAGCUAGAACUUAAACGAGAGCUGGUAGUUCAAUCGGAACCCGAAGCCCAGCCACAACUUGAAGACCAACCGGAACCAGAACUUCAACUUGAUCAGGAAGACUCAUUGGGGCCAGAAGUUCAAGCGAGACCAGAGGUGCAAGCAGAUCCAGCAGCUCAAGAAGAACAAGAAGUUCAAGCAAGCCCAAAAGUGCAGGCAGAACCGACUGCCCAUGAAGACCAAGAAGUCCAAACCGAAUCACAAGAACAUCCAGUACCUAAGCUUGACGACCCAAAACUGCCUUCGAACACUCAGUAUUUCACUAGCUCGCAGGAUUUCCUAGACGAUGAUGACAUUUUCCUAGAGCUUGCAGCGGCGCAUCAGCUACUUUCCGAAUCGUUUGAUGCAGGAGAGAGGUCGCUAGCCGCAGCCCAAUCUUUACCAGCGUUGGAGACAAAAGAAGCCCCGGAGAAGGCACAAGCCAAUAUCACUAAAACUACUGUUGUGUAUUCACCUCAACAUGACCCAUGUCCAGUCAUCGCGACCAACCCAACAGCGUUCCCUACGUCACCACCAAAGCGGCAACUAGCAUCGCCGGUUUUACAGAGGACGCCACGGCCUCGGAUAGAGUUUGACUGUUCAGGGGUUUCACUGGAAUUGACAUCCUCGAAUCCCUUUUCACAAAAUCAAACAGCAUUACGGUUGAUGAGCAAACCUGUUCCCAAGCCCAAUACCGCUGCCGUAGCUUCGGUCAUGUUUGUGCCAACCUCCAUUAUACGUCUUCCUCGCAGCACAAUGUUGUCGACGCCUAUACGCUCGCAAGGCAAGAACAUGCCAGCGCCAAGUACUAACAACCCCCUGUCACAGAGAACUGUGCAAGGUAUUGGGGCGGCUGGCUCUAGCCAUCGUCUCCCUUUAAACGAUAUUUCAAAGCACGCACGGAAUGCGUCAGCAAAGGCACUACCAUCAUCCUUCACUCGCUCGAAGCCUUUCCUCAAGCCCAGCCUGCUACCCUCCCACGCAGGACCGAAAGUGUCGCCGUUCAAUUUACCAACAAGCACGCAACUAUUCCUUGCCGAUCACCUUGACGAUUUCUUCCCCAGCCCAUCGCAAGAACUGCGCGAGCUGCUUGAAGAUAUUGAAGAUGACGAUAUCCCAUCCAACACACAAGUUGCUCGUGAAAUUGGAAGGGACAGCGUGGUAGCACGACCGAUCCUCAUGGAACCAGCACAACCAAUGUUGGGUGACGAUUUUCCAUGGAUGUCCUCUCGUGAAUUGAUGUUCUCGUCGCAAGAAUUGCGAGAGCUUGAGUCGCCAAGCAAGAUAUCACCAGUGCCGGCGCCACCACCUACGCCGUGGGAUGUGAGGCGAGCGCGCAAACCAAGAUUCUUUGUCGAGAAGGAGGAAGAUCUGUUUGCUGCGGCCAUUCACGAGAGUAAACUUCAAGGCAAGGUAGAUGACGAGGCGGCAAAGCUGCGUUUGGAGAAUAUGAGGAUUGAAAGAGAACUACUCUGCACUAGACAGCCAUCUCAACGGCACACGCCCAGCGCCAGGCGAGCCAGUCAAGAUGCCGCCAGGCUAGAGGUUGGCGCAGAUGAUGUAUCAGUGCAACUAGAGAGCCUAAACGCAAGCCAACUGACGAAGCUGAUGGAUGGGAUUGAAAGUGACGAGUACAGUGAUGAUUUCGACGACGAGGAGGCUGAAGCUUCAAUGAUCGCCUUUGGUCAUAAGCUGGAAACCCCAUUUGCACGAGACUACGAGACUGAGACUGAAUCUGAGACCGAGUCGGAGAAACAUGAGAGUUUCAUCCAACGCUGCUUGGAUGAUGAUGCAAAUGCAGUCGCAAAUGCGGAAGAUGCGUAUGCGUUUAUGUAAGGGUGUUGGUGGUUGUGCCUUGUCAAAUUUCUCGAAAACGCUUUGGAACAGCGGGUAUGAGAGAAAUAUUGCAUUGUUACUUUAUGUCUGGAUAGUUGGAGGCCUGGCGGAGCUCCAAAGGAUGGAUUGGACUUGGCAUUGUAUUUUUGGGGGGAGGUCAGGAUAUGAUAUACCCACGGCGGCGGUUUUGGCGUUUUUUAGAAGUGUUUUCGGAGCCGUGUUGGAAUAUGAUCAAAGGAAUGCUUGAUGCCCUUUAAUCUGCUGUCGACCCAAGUGGUGGUGGUCUCCAACCUAGUAGUGUUGUCUUGCCACGUGUAUCCAGUCAAGACGCUGCAAGUGAUAUCAAAAUAUAAACCCGCAUAAGAAGUC